GACGGAGGCCUUUUCUCCCCGAGCCUUUAAGUAACUGGGAGACGCUCGGAGGCUGCGGAGGACAGAUGACGCAACCGAGGUGGCCAAUGAGAGUGUGCCUUUGGACUUACGUGUGGUGAAGCGACUCAACUCUUGUCUUGGAAUAGGUGGAAAGCUCGCGCGCCUGUGUGCGUUUGCACUGGGGGCGUGGCUCGGCCGGAUCUGGCCUGACUGCGCGGCCGAACGCCGGCGCCAUGGAGGAGUACGCUCGGGAGCCUUGCCCAUGGCGCAUUGUGGAUGAUUGCGGUGGAGCCUUCACCAUGGGUGUCAUCGGUGGUGGAGUCUUCCAGGCCAUCAAAGGCUUCCGCAAUGCCCCUGUUGGAAUUCAGCACCGGUUGAGAGGUAGCAUCAGCGCUGUGAGGAUUCGAGCCCCCCAGAUUGGAGGUAGCUUUGCAGUGUGGGGUGGCCUGUUCUCCACAAUUGACUGUGGCUUGGUGCGGAUGCGGGGCAAGGAGGACCCCUGGAAUUCUAUCACCAGUGGAGCACUGACUGGUGCUGUGCUGGCAGCCCGCAGUGAGUACCCCUGGCCCCUGGCCCCAGCCCCUUCUUCCCUGUUCUGCCUGCCCCCAUCGCAGUCUUUCUGCUCCCUCCACUCCUCCAGGUGGCCCACUGGCCAUGGUGGGCUCGGCGAUGAUGGGGGGUAUCCUGUUGGCACUCAUCGAGGGUGUCGGCAUCCUCCUCACUCGCUACACUGCCCAGCAGUUCCGAAAUGCACCCCCAUUCCUGGAGGACCCCAGCCAGCUGCCCCCCAAGGAGGGUGCCCCGGCCCCAGGCUAUCCCAGCUAUCAGCAGUAUCACUGAGGAAGUGACCGCCUAACACCGCUGCCACCGUGGGAGCCCCUCCUCGGUUCCCUCCCCCAUGACCUACCUCGAAGGGAGGGCUGGCUCCCAGUUGGCCCCAGGGCCCUCUCUGCUCCUUUGUCCCAGGGUGGGUAUGGGGCACCCCAGCUGCCCUGAUGGAUGGGUCCCCUUUUUC